UAUUAUUUACCAGAAAAAUAAUAUUUUAAACAUUUUUUUCUGUGAGAGAGAGUGAGGAAGAGGGGAAACAGUAAUAAGCUACAGGUGAAGAAGAAGAGGUAGCUACUUGGAUCUGAAAUCCAACACCGUUACACUCUCAAUCUUCGUCACUUUUCUCCUCUCCUUCAAUUUUCACCUUUUUGCCGCCAUGUUUUCUGCUAGCAAAAUCAAAGCUGUCGAUUUUUACAGAAAAAUCCCAAGAGAUUUGACUGAGGCGUCGUUAUCAGGAGCAGGAUUAUCCAUAUUGGCAGCUCUCGCCAUGAUGUUUUUGUUUGGAAUGGAACUAAAUAAUUAUUUUACUAUCAGCACCUCUACAUCUGUGAUUGUUGACAAGAGUUCUGAUGGUGACUUUUUACGCAUAGAUUUCAAUAUCAGUUUUCCUGCACUCUCGUGUGAGUUUGCAUCAGUCGAUGUGAAUGACGUGCUGGGAACAAACAGGCUUAAUAUAACAAAAACAAUUCGGAAGUUUUCUAUUGAUUCAAAUUUAAGACCCACUGGCUCUGAGUUUCACUCGGGAACGAUUGCAAAUGCUGUUAAGCAUGACGAUGAAGUCGAUGUUGAAGUUGUUGAAGGUUCUUUCCCACUUACGUCACAGAAGUUUGAUAAAUAUGUUCAUCAGUUUCCAAUUACAGUUGUGAAUUUUUAUGCACCUUGGUGUUCCUGGUGCCAACGUUUGAAACCUUCAUGGGAGAAGGCAGCUAAUAUAAUGAGAGAGAGAUAUGAUCCAGAAAUGGAUGGGCGUAUUAUUUUGGCAAAGGUAGAUUGCACUGAAGAAGGUGAUUUAUGCAGGAGGCAUCACAUACAAGGGUAUCCGUCUAUUCGCAUCUUUCGGAAAGGAAGUGAUGUCAGAAGUGACCAUGGACAUCACGAACAUGAGUCCUAUUAUGGAGAUCGUGAUACAGAAAGCCUAGUCAAGACAAUGGAAAAUUUAGUGGCAUCUCUCUCAACGGGAUCUCAACAUCUAGCUUUGGAGGAUAAAUCCAAUGCAACAGAAAAUGUGAAAAGACCAGCACCAUCAACCGGUGGAUGUAGAGUUGAGGGAUAUGUGCGUGUGAAAAAGGUUCCAGGAAGCUUGAUUGUCUCAGCUAGAUCAGAUGCACAUUCCUUUGAUGCUUCUCAAAUGAACAUGUCACAUGUCAUAAACCAUCUGUCUUUUGGAAAGCUAGUGACACCUAGAACCAUGAGUGAUGUGAAGCGUUGGAUACCAUACAUAGGUAUCAACCAUGACAGGUUGAAUGGCAGAUCAUUUAUCAAUACCCGUGAUUUGGAAGGAAAUGUUACUAUCGAGCAUUAUAUUCAGAUAGUUAAAACAGAGGUAAUAACCAGGACAGGUUAUAAAUUAAUUGAGGAGUAUGAGUACACAGCGCACAGCAGUGUGGCACACAGUAUAGACAUUCCCGUUGCAAAGUUCCAUCUUGAGCUCUCCCCCAUGCAGGUCUUAAUAACAGAAAACCAGAAGUCUUUUUCACAUUUUAUUACGAAUGUCUGUGCCAUUAUUGGGGGUGUUUUUACGGUAGCUGGAAUCGUUGACUCAAUUCUGCAUAACACUAUUAAAGCAAUGAAAAAAAUUGAGCUUGGCAAAAAUUAUUGAUAGAUAGGCAAAAUUUUGUAUAGCGCAAUGCUUCUAAUUUUGUUAUAACCAGCUUCGUUGCGAGGUAUUGUAGCAGUUUGUUUUAUAUAGGCACUGUAUGAUAAAAAUCAUACAAAUGUAAUUUUCUAGUUACUAGUUACUUCAGUAAAAUGAUCAUUACAAAUUACAAGGAUUUUCAAGGUGCAUAAUGCACCAGACUGGUUUAAGGUAUACUGGCAAAAGUCCGUGUGUCAUCCCA